AUGCCGCCCCCCGUCGCCUCAGUGGGUUUCUCCAAUCUACUGAAUCCGCAAGACGCAUCCUCCUCGACCACUCCGGUGCCUGCUCCUCAGUCCACCGACUCGGAUCCUUCCAUGGCCUCAUCCGUGAGCCUGCUCCCGCCUCUUAUGAAGGGUGCUCGUCCUGCCAACGAGGAGGUCCGUCAGGAUCUGCCUCGGCCCUACAAAUGCCCGCUCUGCGACCGUGCUUUCCACCGUCUGGAGCACCAGACUCGUCACAUCCGCACCCACACCGGCGAGAAGCCUCACGCCUGUCAAUUCCCCGGAUGCACCAAGCGCUUUAGCCGCUCUGACGAACUCACCCGCCACUCGCGCAUUCACAACAACCCCAACUCGCGUCGCAGCAACAAGGCCCAGCACCUGGCCGCGGCAGCAGCGGCCGCGGCCGGCCAAGAUGCCACCAUGGUGAGCGCCGCCAACAUGAUGCCUCCGCCCAGCAAGCCCAUCACUCGCUCUGCGCCCGUCUCGCAGGUCGGCUCGCCCGACGUCUCGCCUCCUCACUCCUUCUCCAACUAUGCCAACCAGAUGCGCUCCAACCUGGGCCCGUACUCGCGCAAUCAAGAGCGCGCUUCGUCGGGCAUGGAUAUCAAUCUGCUGGCGACCGCCGCAUCGCAGGUCGAGCGGGAUGACCACCUGGGCUACCACGGCGGAUCGCGACACCACAUGUUUGGCAACCGUCAUCACGCUGGCCGCGGCCUGCCUUCGCUCUCGGCCUAUGCAAUCUCCCAGAACAUGACCCGUUCGCACUCCAACGAGGAUGACGACAAUUACGGUGGACAUCGCGUCAAGCGCUCGCGACCCAACUCCCCCAAUUCCACUGCACCCUCCUCCCCAACCUUCUCGCACGACUCGCUCUCGCCCACUCCCGACCACACUCCCUUGGCUACGCCCGCGCACUCGCCGCGCCUGCGUCCUCUCGGCGCCAACGACCUUCACUUGCCUUCGAUCCGCCACCUGUCCCUCCAACAUACUCCCGCGUUGGCUCCCAUGGAGCCCCAACCCGAGGGUCCCAAUUACUACAGUCCCGGUCAAGGCAAUAUGGGUCCCAGCAUCACGGACAUCAUGUCAAAACCCGACGGUACCCAGCGCAAGCUGCCGGUGCCCCAGGUGCCAAAGGUUGCGGUGCAGGACAUGCUCAACCCGGCCAGCGGAUUCACCUCCAUGUCGUCUUCGACCAACAAUUCCGUUGCUGGCAAUGACCUUGCUGAGCGAUUCUGA